AUGUCACCCGCUUCGCAAUAUCCGGCUUUCAGAAAUGACCUGCUUUGGGAUGCCUCUCGAGCAUCCUCUGACUCUUCUCGCCCGUCCAAGCACGUCGCACUUCCUUCAAUCCGCCAGACUUUCCCAGAGCUUCAUCUUGAGGGCUCACUGGCUGAUGUGACUCCUACUGUCACAUCAGUACAUAAAGCACCCCCGCCCAUGCCUGGCUCCUUGGCAUCACCUGAAUAUGUUCACUCUCCAAAUGCUAAUAAGAAGCGACGAAUCUCCAACGAGGAUGAGCAAGCGUUUUUGAGGGCAAAGCAGGUCCCAAGGCUUUAUCGUAGUCCUGAGGCGCAGCAAACACGGCAACUUUCUCCCAGUCGGGGUCAGCCAACACAAUUGGGUGCCAAGAAUCCUUGGGCAGAGAGCCCCUCACGAAGCAACACUUAUUCUUCUCACGCCACCAGUCUUUCAGCUGCGCCAGCGAGCAGUCGAGCUGAUUCGCGACCAGCUCUACCAAGCCUUCCUUCGACUCUUAAACUUGAGAGAGACGCACCACCGAUUCACCGACCGCUGGAAACGACUACGGAACCGGCCAACAGCCCAGGACGUAGCGGAGCGAGCCCUAUGCCACCGACAAUGGAAAGACAUUCGUCGUACCAAAGCCAAGACUAUGGCUAUACCUACCAGCACCCAUCACGGUUUCAGUCUCUGUCUACGAGCUCAGUCCGGUCAUAUAGCCGUGGCCCAUUCUCACCAGGGGCCGCUUACGGACACCACUAUUCGAGCAUGUCACGAUAUACCGACCUCGGCAACCUUGGCAUCGGCAGUGAUGCAAAGCAGCGUAAGCGGCGUGGAAACUUGCCCAAAGAAACAACAGACAAGCUGCGGUCCUGGUUUGUAGCCCACCUGCAGCACCCGUAUCCGACAGAGGACGAAAAACAAGAAUUAAUGCGCCAGACCGGCCUGCAAAUGAACCAAAUUUCCAACUGGUUUAUCAAUGCCCGACGGCGUCAGCUACCAGCAAUGAUCAACAACGCGCGAGCUGAGUCUGACGCUAUGAAUGGCCGCCCCAGUGGAAGCAGUGGGGAUGGCACUGUUUUGGCUUCCACAGAGCAGAGCUCUGACUUCGCUGGCAAGCGCGAUGAUGGUUUACCACUGAGUGAUGGUGAGGGAGGUGGGUACGACGAUGAUGUGAACAAGCUCCAUUGUCGAGGACCUACCGACCGCCUAAGCCUGUGA